AUGAUUCAAAUUGUCAGUGGAACAACUCUUUCGGUGAACAAUAUGGAGCCAACGGUGGCUAUGCUUAUGAUAGAAUGGAUAGCACGGAGAAGAUGGAUGUAUCGGAACACCCAACAAGAAGUAUUCGAAUUUACUGGCGUGUCAUGUAAGCAAGGCAUACCUACACGACCUGAUAAUUACCAUGUCAUUAACCGUCAUGUCAUGAAAUGA